AAUUCCAAUCAUUCCGUUACAUAUAAAUUCUAGUGAUGCAAUCCCUCGAUCGGUUAGUAAAUAAUUGCUGGUGUUAUAAUCAUUUAACAGCAAAACGCUUUCUUGCUGGCUAAGAAUUUCAUAACUUAAAACAAUUGCCACCACAUCAUAAUUCACCAUUCCAUAUCGCGCACUCAAAAUUAUGUUCAUAACUUAAACUAUCACCUUGAUAAAUGUUUAAUUCAAAAGGAAAUUUAUUUAUUAGUGAGACAUUCGGUUGAAUUGAGUGCUGUGUGUCUGUGUGUGCGAUAAUGGCUUUGCAGUAUCAAUUUAAAGCGAAAAGUAUUGUCGAUGAAGGGAGGACCACUCAAACGGCAAUUGAUAAUGUCAAAGAGUGGUUGAAAAACACGAAAUUGCCGCAAUUACCCGAAGAGUUGAUCGUUUUGUUUUUGUUGUCGUGUCAGAAUAAUUUAAACAGUGUGAGGAAUACAAUACAAGCGUACUUUAAAAUCAAAAAUGAAGCGCCGGAAAUUUUCAAUUCGAGGGAUAUUGACUGUGAUGAGCUCAAGAAGGCCAGAAAGGUUGUGAGUUGUAUUAGCAUUCCGGUCCGAAUGCCCAACAACACUGUCAUUCAUUUUUUCAAACUCAACGACACAAAUUACCAAAACUUUGAUUGGGUUCAUUCGAUGAAACUCAGUUACAUGUUACUAGAUGUAACACAAAGACGAAACCCUCCAAAUGAAUUAGUUGUCGUUAUCGACAUGAAAGGUGUUGGUUUUAUGCAUAUUACACGUUUGAGAAUCGGGGCGGCUAAAAAAUUCUUGGAGUUCCUCCAGGAAGCGAUGCCGCUAAAAAUCAAAAUGAUACACAUCUUGAAUUCCAACUACGUGUUCGAUAAGUUGCUAUCGAUCGUCAAGUUUUUUAUUAAGAGUGACUUAAUGUCGAUUAUAAAAUCGCACCCUCCCGAAACUGAUAUGAACCAGUUUUACAAAGAUUGCAUACCGAGCUCUUGCCUGCCCAAGGAGUAUGGGGGCGAGUUGGCCACAGUCGAGGAGAUGAACGAGAAAAUGAUUCAGGAGUUUAGGGAGUUGAAGCCGUUUUUCGAGGCCGAGGAGAAACUUAGAAGUUAUUGUAAAUGAUUAGUUUUGGGGCUGCGGGUUUUCGUAAAUAAAUUUUUGAUUAUUUAA